CUACGUGUCUCUGUCUUGUGGGCAGUACUGCUUGCAAGGUGAAAGUACCCUGUACCAGUGAAGCACUUGGCUUAGUCAGGAGUGCCCGGCAUGCGUUUGUGAAACACCGGUAUCACUUUCUUUGACCAACGUUGUGUGAAUUGUUUUCCUGUGACAGUUGCACCUAUCAGAAAUCUCUAUCACAUCAUUAGAAUUUGACAAUAUGAUCGUCUUCGGGGUCGACCUCAGUUGUCCGGUAAUCCAAACUUUGAUCUGCGUCGCAGUAGUCGUCUCUCUGACCGCCGUUUCUCUCCUGCGGUUCUACGCGUACAUCUCCUGCGGGUACUACCACGGCCGGACGAGGAUGGACGGGAAGGUGGUGAUCAUCACCGGAGCGAACGGGGGUAUCGGCAAGGAGACGGCGACGGAGAUCGCCAAGAGGGGGGCGAGAGUGAUCAUGGCCUGCAGGAACUUGGAGACAGGGAAGCAAGUCAGGGAUGAAAUAGCGGAGACCACCAAAAACGACAACGUGAUACUUAAAAAAUUAGACCUCUCCUCGCAAAAGUCCAUCAGAGAGUUCGCUGAAGACGUUAUAAGAACAGAACCUAGAUUGGACGUACUCAUCCACAAUGCCGGUACGGCGGAAUCCAAAUUCAAGAAAACCGAAGACGACGUGGAAAUAAACAUGGCUACUAACCAUUUCGGACCCUUCCUUCUAACGCAUUUGCUCAUAGAUCUGCUCAAGAAAUCGGCGCCCUCCAGAAUAGUAGUAGUGGCCUCCGAGCUCUACAGACUCGCGUCCCUGAACCUGAACAAGAUCAACCCCACCAGCUCCUGGUGCCCGGCCUACUACUACUACGUGUCCAAAUACGCCAACAUCUGCUUCACCCUGGAGCUCGCUCGUCGCUUGGAAGGCACCAACGUCGCGGCCAACUGUCUCCAUCCGGGAAUGAUAAAUUCCGGAAUAUGGAGGAACGUGCCGUUCCCUCUUAAUCUCCCCUUGAAGUUGAUAGUCAAGGGGUUCUUCAAGACCCCGGCGCAGGGGUGCCAGACCAGCGUAUUCCUGGCUUGUUCCGAGGAAGUCGAGGGGGUGACUGGAAAGUAUUUCAUGGACUGCGCAGAGAGGGCACUGAGUAGCGGGGCUACCGAUGAGUCGAAGGCCAAGAAGCUGUGGGAGCUGUCGGAGAAAUUCGCCGAUUUAAGGGCUACCGAUCCCAAGAUUUGAACAAGAUUUUAGUGAGUGUAUAAACUGGACACUUCAAGCAUACUUAAGUGUUUUGGGCACGAUAGGAGUAAGUAAGAUUAAGAAAUAGUUGUCUUUUUUGUACUUUUGUAUAGUUUUUUUUUAAGUAUAUUCUCCACAAUGUCUUUAUAGUCUGACUUGCCAUAGAUGCCGCCUCAUAUUUUCACCGAACGAACGAAACUUUCUGUUUAGGCUGCUUUGGUGACCUUGAAUUUCACCUUGACAUUAAAUUUCAGGGUCAAGGUAAGGUCAACUUGAAAAUGUCAAAUAAAACAGCUUAUUUUUCAUGCUAGCAAUUUUUUACUGUAUGUCCUUUCAGGUCAAUUCAAGAUCAAACACAUUUUUCAAAAAAUAAUAAUAGAUAUAAAAAUAAUGGAUUUUAAUCUAGACAUAUUCGGUUGAAACUAUUAAUACGAUCUUGAUAACAAUUUUGAAAUUAAACACAUUAAGAUUUGGUGAGAAGCCGUUCUAGAAGAUUUAAUCAGCUGUUAGUUUAAAUCAAGGUCACCAUCUAAUUUGUCAUUCAAAAUCUUACACAUUUUGCUUGAAACAUUUUCCUCCACAAUUCUUUUGGAAAAAUAUUCUAAUCCCACAAUCGGACGUAAAAUUUGGUACUAUAACGAUUGCUGGAAUAAAAUAUACAGUGUCCAGUGUCCAUUUAAUAUUUUCAAAUUGGCGUUGGAUUGACCUCAAAACUUGAGUACAACGAUCAAAUCGAAAAUCACAAGCUUUCUAUAACUAGAACUUUUAACGCCAUCUUUCAGAUGAAUGCCAAAGUUUAAUGAUAAUGUGGUAACAGACCUUGCUGGAAAUAAUUCAAAAUGACAAUGUUGAUUGCAAUGUCAGAAAUUAAUUUUGCGUUUAGUAUUUAGACUUAUGGUAUGAUGUCAUACGGCAAUAUUUUCAGAAUUUGUUCCUAGUUAUCCAUCGAACUUAGGUAAUGACAUCUUUUCAUCGCAAUAUUUGAUAACAAAAUCAAUAUAACAAAGUGUAGUGUAUGACCUGAAUUUGCCUCCAUUUCACUGUAAUGAAAUAUUGUUGUUUUAUAAAAAUUUAAUAAACAAUAUAUUUUGUUUAUUUUGGUUUUCCUUUGUGAUUCUUCUGUUUUUUGU